AUGCACAUGGCCAGCUACGCCUGCUCGGCGGGGGAGCUUACGAACCUCGCGCUUGCCAGCUCUCACUCCCUGAAGUUUUCUCCUUGGCAGCUCGGCCUGACGCAGAUGCGUUACGAAGUUAUCACGGAUAUUUCUUACCAGCAGCUCGCGAUGAUUGCCUGGGUGCAACCUUCCACCACCCGUGUCCUGUCUUUUGCCCAGCCACAGGCCGCCCAGCCCACGUCCGCUUCCACGGAGCACCAGCGGCUUCUAGUCCAGGAGAACCAGAGUGGAGCAGUCCAGGAGGUCCAACUUGCGCACCGGCGCAUCCCGCGUGUAUCCAAGGUCAGUGUGCAAGGCCUCCGGCCCUCGCUUUCACCAACCGACUACCAAGUCCGCUUCUCCCCAGCCACGACCCUUCCCACAGUGCUGCGGCUCAGCGCAGAAAGCCCCCGCUUCCAGAGGACCGUCGCCUGGUCGACGCUCCACGGCUCGGUCACCAGCGUUCCCGAAGGUGUGCAAGAUCUGCAUAUCCAAGUGGAGGUGACAGACGUUGUCGUGGGGCUCCCACGGCUCGCGGGGCACGAUCCCGACUGCCGCUCACAGAGUGCCGAACUCUGGACGGCGUACCAUGGGGAAGCGGAGCCUACUGAAGAGCUGUGUUCACGGGUCUGCGCCAACAGCUUGAACUGCUUUACGUCCUAUCCUGGCGCGAACGGCUGCUUUGCCUUGGUGGGGAAGCCAAGCUGCUGGGAGCUGCCGCAAACCAGCGACAUCGGGGAGGUCAAUGCGAGCUUGCAAGGAGCAGACAGCAGCUCAGGGCAACUGCCCGCUUGGCGUGCCGAGCGACAUCUCCGAGGCCGGCUCAGUGGUUGUCGACGCAAGGAGAAUGAGACGCUCGUGGGUCAGAUGGUGGCCGUGGAGGCAGGCGAGCUUGCCUUUGGUGCGGUUCAGCCAGACUGGGCUGGUCCAGCGGCUACUUUGAGCUUCUCCCUCGAUCUGGAGGUUGGCGGACAGAGCUUCGAGACAGACUUCGUUCCCAUCACGCUUCACCGAGGACUCCCGGCGCCCAACGAUGUUCUGUGCCUGCUAAUUGGGGAGAAGGACGCCGGCAGCGAGGUUCUUAAGUCUGAGGGUAAGGUGGACAGUCAGGGCAAUGCUGUUGUCACCAUCUCCGAGUAUGACCCGACGGUCUUCAAGAGCCUCCGACUGCUGGUGAUGCCCUUGCUUCCUGAUCCGGACCUGCGAGCAAAUUGGUCGGAGUGGUGUGCUCCGAGCCAGGAGGACCAGAAACGUUUGGAGCAGCAUAGCCGAUGCCAAACCAGCGACAUCAUCAGAUCGCGCUACAAAGUUUGCGGAGCCCCGGGCGGCGUCACCCACGGGCGGCCGCUGAACGACGAGCCCCUCGUCGUCAACCUCGAUCCUUGGCUGGGUCGGCCACAGGCGCAGCCCACUUUCAGCAUCGUUCACCGCGAUGGUCCAGGCCACGGCUCGGGUUGGAAGGGGUCGGCCGAGGAGCGCACUGUGGCCCUUCACUUCCAAGGGGUCGACGGCCCGGCCGCUUGGGCAGCUCACCACGGCUGCGCGCUGCUAAACUCCACGGAGGCAGAGCGCGGCAUCUUGGCCUCCGCAGAUGCCAUUUGCAGCCUGCUGUCAAGUUGCGCUGAUCGGCUCUGCGAAAAAGUCCACCGUUACACCUUGGGUGCUGGACAGGUUUGGGAUGAAGCAGCCGGGGGUCGUGUAAACUCACUACCGUCGGUGUCAGCGGAGCAAACCGCGAAG